AUGCACAGCACGCCGGGUCCCCAUACCGCUCCUGGUGCAGUGAAAGAGGAGUUGGAGAGGAUGGAAGCCAACGACAUAAUUGAAGCCGUGACUGACCCAACAGAGUGGUGCGCACCCAUGGUGCCAGUCCAGAAAAAGUCUGGAAAAACACGCAUCUGUGUGGACUUAAAGAAGCUUAAUAAGGCUGUCAAAAGGGAGAGAUUCAUCUUGCCGACAUCAGAGGGGAUGAUAGCUCAGCUCAGCGGCUCCACAGUCUUCUCAUCACUUGACGCAGCGUCAGGGUUCUGGCAGAUCCCACUGGACAAAGACAGCCAGAGGUUGACCACCUUCAUCACGCCGUACGGAAGGUACUGUUUUAAACGUCUUCCCUUUGGGAUAAGCAGCGCACCUGAGAUAUUUCAGAGGAAGAUGGUAGAGACGCUGGAAGGGCUGGAUGGCGUUGCCGUCUACAUGGACGACAUCAUCAUCCAUGGCAGCAACACCAGCGAACAUGAUGAGCGGCUGCAGAAGGUUCUGGAUCGGCUGGAGUCUGCAGGCCUGAAGAUGAACAAUGAGAAGUGUGUGCUGAGAAAGGAGGAGCUGCACUUCCUGGGUCAGGUGAUCAACAAAGAUGGUGUACGACCCGACCCGGCCAAAGUGUCUGCAGUCAGCAAACUUGAACCACCAGAAAACGUGCAGGAACUAAAGAGAGCACUCUGCAUGAUCAACUACCUGGGGAAAUAUAUUCCAGACCUCGCCACAGUGGGCCAGCCACUAUAUGCACUGUUAAAAGCAGACUCAGUGUGGAUGUGGGGUCCGGCGCAACAAGCAGCCUUUGAGCGAGUUAAAGAGCUCCUCACAACGUCACCUACCCUGGUGUACUAUGAUGUUAACAGGAGCACAGUGGUCUCAGCAGACGCAAGGAGUUAUGGGAUAGGCGGUGUCCUGCUGCAGCUCCAUGGCGAGGACUGGAGACCGGUAGCAUACUGCUCAAGGCGACUGAGCGACGCUGAAACCAGGUACGCUCAGAUAGAGAAGGAGUGCCUGGCGAGCGUGUGGGCGUGUGAGAGGUUUCAGAUGUAUCUCUACGGCCUACCAGCAUUCAAACUGAUUACGGAUCACAAACCCCUCAUCCCACUGAUGAACUCCAGGGAUCUCGACAAUGUGGCACUCCGCUGCCAGCGACUCCUCAUGCGGUUGAUGAGGUUCAACCCGGAGGCUGAGUAUGCGCCGGGGAAAACCCUGGUGGUGGCAGACACACUGUCCAGGAGCCCACAGGAAGACAAUGAGCUCAGUAGAGACACAGACGUGGAGUGUUACGUAGCAGCUGUGAUGAGCAGCAUUCCAGCAUCGCCGAAAAAGAUAGACAGCAUCCGCGCUGAGACGGCAGCGGACGAGCAGCUCCAAGAAGUGAUCAGGUACAUACAAGAGGGGUGGCCUGAACACCUAGCACACAUAAACACCUGUGUUAGGGAGUACUUUCCUGUUAGGAACGAACUGUCUAUGCAUGAUGGGGUAGUGACCAGAGGGAGUAGAAUAGUGAUACCAGGGAGAUUGAGGUCAGAGAUACUAGAACGCAUACAUGAGGGCCAUCAAGGUCUUAACAAGUGUAGAGACAGGGCCAACACUUCGGUGUGGUGGCCUGGCAUAGCCACACAGAUCACACACAAAGUCGAGAACUGCAUGUACUGUCGUGAGCAGAGGAGACCACAGAACAGAGAGCCUCUCCUGUCAACACCUCUCCCAGACAGGCCGUGGAAGAGAAUUGGCAUAGAUUUAUGUGAACAUGAGAGAGAGAGUUACCUAGUCAUAGCUGACUACUACUCUAGAUACCUGGAGAUACUCCACAUGCCUACCACGACUAGUGCACAUGUGAUCUUGAAGCUGAGAGCCACGUUUGCCCGGCACGGAAUACCGGAGGAGGUUGUCAGUGACAACGUACCGCAGUUCAGCAGCGAUGUCUUCAGAGGCUUUGCCUGUGACAUGGACUUUAAGCACACAACCUCUAGUCCCCACAACCCACAAGGAAACGGUUAUGCUGAACGUGCAGUCCAAACGGCAAAGGGGAUUCUGAGACAAAAGGACCCUCUACUUGCUUUAAUGGUUUACCGUUCUUCUCCACACAGCAGUACGGGUGUCAGUCCGGCAGAGCUCCUAAUGGGCAGGAAAAUCAGGACGACGCUGCCCACUCUGGCCAAGAACCUGCAACCAAAGUGGCCGAGCAGACAUCACAUCAGAGCUCGAGAUGCUGCGGAGAAGAGCAAACAGGCCUUCUACUAUAACAAGCGCCAUGGCGUGAGAGCUCAUACCACUGCAGCGAGGAGACCAUGUUCUCACCAGACUGGACAAUCAAAAGACCUGGUCCACACCUGCAGUAGUGGCAGGUGA